CUUCGCAGUUGCCAAUGUGGGAAACUCCGAUGAACUCAAACAGAUAUUUGUUAGACAAGUUUGAUGAUGCACCAACAUCUCCAGGAAAAGGUCCAGACUUACCAAUAUUUGCCUUGGCUGUUGUGAGAGCUGCCACAAAUGAUUUCUCCUUGGCAAACAAGCUUGGAGAAGGAGGAUUUGGAGCUGUCUACAAGGGAAAGUUGCCAACUGGGCAGGAGAUUGCUGUGAAAAGACUCUCUAAAGGGUCUGGACAAGGGCUGCAAGAGUUCGAAAAUGAAGUCAUUCUUAUUGCAAAACUUCAGCAUAGAAAUCUUGUCAGACUUUUGGGUUGCUGCACUCAUGGCAACGAGAAACUUUUGUUAUAUGAGUACAUGCCAAAUAAAAGCCUGGAUUCAUUUCUUUUUGAUUCUACGAAAGGAGAAAAAUUAGGCUGGAGAAAGCGGUUCGAAAUCAUUGAAGGAAUAGCUCGGGGACUUCUUUAUCUUCACCGAGAUUCUCGCUUAAAAAUUAUUCAUCGUGACCUUAAAGCUGGUAAUAUUUUACUAGAUACAGAGAUGAAUCCUAAAAUCUCAGACUUUGGCAUGGCAAGAAUUUUCGAAGGAAAAGAAAACGAGGAAAAUACUAGGAGAGUUGUUGGCACCUUUGGCUAUAUGUCCCCGGAGUAUGCCAUGGAAGGCUUCUUCUCAGUUAAAUCAGACGUCUUCAGCUUUGGAGUUUUGCUGCUAGAGAUCGUGAGUGGUAAAAGAAAUGCCGGCUUCUGCCUCCUCGGCAAGAAUAUAAACCUUUUGGGACAUGCCUGGGAACUAUGGAAGGAAGAAAGAAUGCUUGAAUUGCUGGAUAAACCUUUACAGAAUUCACAUGUGGAAAAUGAAGUUCAUAGAUGCAUACAAGUGGGGUUGCUGUGUGUUCAGGAUAAUGCAGCAGAUCGACCCACCAUGGACUCUGUUGUGUUCAUGUUGGGCAACGAAUCAGCCAUGAUUCCGGCACCGCAGAAACCGACGUUUUCAUUCACAAGAACUCCAAGAGAGUCAGAUGUCUGUGGAAAUAGCUCUGGCCAUUGUUCUGCAAAUGGCGUAACAAUGUCGGUGGUCAUGGGACGAUAAUCU